AUGGCAAUCAAUCAAGAUGUGGAAAAAUUGUUAAUCAUGGAAGAUUCGGACUUGAUUAUCCGACAAGCUCAGGGUGAAUGGGAAACUCGGUAUGUCAAGCUUAUUCUAUACAAGCAACAUGUGGAAGAUCUUAGCAAGAGGUUCAAGUCCGCCGAGUUUAGGUACAUUCCUCAGUUUCACAAUGAGUUAGCCGAUGCACUAGCUACUUUGUCCUCGAUGCUGCCAUAUCCAAGAAAUGUCCACAUUGACCCACUGGAAAUCCAAAUUCGAGAAAGACAUGGUUAUUGCAGCACAGUUGAAAUAGAGCCUGAUAUCUAUCCCAUGUGGAUCUUCCACGGUGUUUCUACUGAUGUGUAUGUAGCUGAAGGUGAGCAUGUGGCGAUUCCUACAGGUUCUAGUAGGAAAGCUGUGAUAGGCCCAUAA